CGCCCGGCCGCCGCUCGCCGUGCUCCGCUUCCGCGCCGCACCGCGCUGUAGCCGCCGGCUUCCGCCAACACCGCCGCCGAGCAGAAGAUGGCUGUGCCUCCUACGUACAUUGAUCUUGGCAAAUCUGCCAGGGAUGUCUUCACCAAGGGCUACGGGUUUGGAUUAAUAAAACUUGAUUUGAAAACCAAAUCUGAGAAUGGAUUGGAAUUCACAAGCUCGGGCUCAGCCAACACAGAGACCACCAAAGUGACAGGCAGUCUGGAAACCAAGUACAGGUGGACCGAGUACGGCCUGACGUUCACGGAGAAGUGGAACACGGACAACACCCUGGGCACCGAGAUCACCGUGGAAGAUCAGCUUGCGCAUGGACUGAAGCUGACCUUCGAUUCAUCCUUCUCACCUAACACCGGGAAGAAAAAUGCUAAAAUCAAGACGGGGUACAAGCGGGAGCACAUCAACCUGGGCUGCGACGUAGACUUCGACAUUGCGGGGCCCUCGAUCCGCGGAGCCCUGGUGCUGGGCUAUGAGGGCUGGCUGGCCGGCUACCAGAUGAAUUUUGAGACUGCCAAGUCCCGAGUGACCCAGAGCAACUUUGCAGUUGGCUACAAGACGGAUGAGUUCCAGCUUCACACCAAUGUGAAUGAUGGGACAGAAUUUGGUGGCUCCAUUUACCAGAAGGUAAACAAGAAGCUGGAGACGGCUGUCAAUCUUGCCUGGACAGCUGGAAAUAGUAACACUCGCUUUGGAAUAGCAGCCAAGUAUCAGAUCGACCCCGACGCCUGCUUCUCGGCCAAAGUGAACAACUCCAGCCUGAUUGGCUUAGGAUAUACUCAGACCCUAAAGCCAGGAAUCAAACUGACACUGUCAGCUCUGCUGGAUGGCAAGAAUGUCAAUGCCGGAGGCCACAAACUUGGUCUAGGACUGGAAUUUCAAGCAUAAAUGAAUACUGUACAAUUGUUAAUUUUAAACUAUUUUGCAGCAUAGCUACCUUCAGAAUUUAGUGUCCCUUUUAAUGUUGUAUGUCUGGGAUGCAAGAAUUGCUAAAAAAUCAUGUUAGAGCUCCAGGUUGAAGAUGAUUCAGCUUUAAGGUGUCACCAAUUCAGAGGUACAGAAGAAACCUGAUUCCAAAAAAGGUCCUUUCAGCUGUAGACUUGGGGGCAAGUUGGUGGCCCCUCUAGAGAUGCCAGGUUCCUUUUUUGAAAAUCUAGAUGUGGCUGCAAGUGGAAGCUGACCAUGUGUAGACACUUUGUAAGUCUGCACUGAGUUAAUGAAUGAAAUGGUGACUUUCUGAGAAUCAAACCUUAGUUUCCUAACCCUAAUUGGUGAGAAGCCUAAGGCUUGAUGGUGUGUACAAACUCAUCUGAAAGGGACUCUUAGACGGAUCUUCAGGACCUGUUCCCACCCUAGCCCCUCCUCACCUCUUUUACACCAAAAGUAGCCCACAGGGUGUGGUGGCUGUUUCUUUUGUGCCAUUUUGGGAUGGAGAAGGUGGAUGUAAUGAAGCCAGUCAUUCAGGAUUUAUUUCCUUUUCAUGUGGUUUUUUUGUCCUUGCACCAGUGUAUGACCAGCUGCAAGCUGGGAAGUCUGCGUAACUGUAAUCACAGGGUGACAACACUAGGAAUCUAAAUUGGGCUUAUGUUGUAUUCUUACCAUUCAAUUUAUUUUUCAGCCAUUUAAUGGGUACAUUUUAGAGCCUUCCAUUUUGUGUGGAAUUAGAUCUUCCCCUUCAAAUGCUGUAAUUAGCAUCAUUUAAGAUAAAACUUGAAUAAAAUAUUGAAACCUCA